UGAUUUCACAAUGUCAACUCUUUUGCUUUUUAAUGACCUAGCUUAGCUAGCUAGCUAGCUAGCAUAUCCGAUCUCUUUCCAGUUUCCAGGCGGCAUUGCAUACGGUCAGUUGUUUGAGAUUUGAACUUGUGUAUUUUGUUAUUUGAUUUCAUUACAUCGAUGAGUGAAAACACUCUAGCUAAAGAAAUGCAAGAAUGUCGAGAAUACAAGCAUGAGCACGAAGGAGAUCAUGGGGCUGAAAAUGUAGAAAUGUAUUCAGAGGAAAAUGGUAGAGAAAACAAACGGAGUAAGGAUUUGCCAAUUGAUAGACUUAGUGAAUUGCCCGAUAGCUUACUUAUUCACAUCCUCUCUUUUUUGGGUGUGAAGCAUGCUGCUAUGACAAGCUUGCUGGGGAAAAAAUGGCAGUUCCUUUGGGCUGAACUGCCUAAACUUGAAUUCGAAUUCGAUUUCUGGGAUAAAAAUGAGAAGCCUGACAAAAUACUUAAUUUUGUGGAUGGGAUUAAUAAGACUCUUGCUACUCGUAGUGAAAAUUAUCUAGAGAAGUUGAAGGUUGUUUUCAAGUACAGGGAAAGCUUUGCUCCAGAUGUUGAUAACUGGCUAGAGUUUGCCUUGAAAAGUAAGGUGAAACAUGUCCAUUUGAGCAUAAUCUUCAGCGAAGAGUUCUACACUCUUCUUGAGAUGAUGUAUUCCAAUUCAUCAUUGACAUCAUUGUCAUUGCGAGGCUGCAUCUUGGAUCCUACAGGGACAAUACAAUGGUCGUCUUUGACCAAAUUGCAAAUUUCGGAAGUGGAUUUGCCUCAAACUGUAGUUGAAAAGAUAAUAUCAGGUUGUCCAGUUUUGAAUUGUUUGGAACUGAGCGAGUGUUGGGGAUUCACUUGUUUGGACAUCAAUUCUCGAAAUCUAUGUAAACUUUGGGUGCAGGACCCUGAAUUCGAAGAAACGAAACAUUUCCUGCAAAUUUCAGCACCCUAUGUAACAUCUUUGAUUCUUUGGGUGACUCUUGAAGAAACACAGCUGAAGCUAAUAAACAUCUCAUCUGCUGUUGAUAUUUUAUUUUGCUUUACCGGAUUUUUGUCAGAUUUGCCUUCCGAUAAUGUGUUGAGUAAUACGAAGGAGUUUUUUCAAAACAUUCACCACGUCACAAAGCUUCAAGUGGGUCCUGGCCCUGUUAAGGCUUUAGCAGCGCUGGUGUUGGAUGGUUGGCAGCUUCCACAAAAUACGCUAAGGUGUUUGACAAUAGAUAUGGUAAGUCAUUCUGCAGAAACCAUUCCUGGCAUUUUAGGCCUGCUGGAAGCAUCUCCACACCUCGAGAAAUUAUUCAUUGAUUCUAUUGACCCAUAUGCGUUAGAUGAGGAUUGGGUCCCACCUGCAAAGGGUGAUUUGGAUUGUGACUUAUUGCACUUGAAGACAAUUAAAAUGUCUAACUUGGCCAAUCCAAAUCUUGGCGGUGAACCAAUGCUCACAUUGGCACGAAUCUUUCUCAAGAGGGCAACUGCUUUGGAACAGAUGAGGAUUUGGGUUAAUAUUGAUGAUACAAGUGAAUUUAUCAAGAUAGGUCAAACCUUGCUUACAUAUCCGGUUUCCUCACCAAACGCAGUCAUCCUCCUACCUUAGAUUUGUUUUUUUUGUUGUUGUACGUUUUCACAACUAUGUAAAACAUGUAUGGUAGCUAAGCUACAUCUUUUUUUUAUAUAGUCCGCACUUCUAUCAAAUUUCCACCAGAAGAUAUCUUUAGUUGCAUUUGAAUUGAGGUAAUAGAAUGCUUCUUAGUUCUUAUGAAUCACUUUUCUUGUGUUGUCUAA